AUGGAUGAUGAUGAUAGCUUAGACACUGAGUGGUUGCCCUAUGAUGAUAGCUCUACUUCCACUGCCUCUUUUAGUUUAGGGAAAAGCUUACUUAGGAGUUUAGGUGAACAAGAAAAUGAUGGUAGUUCUGACAGUGAUGAUGACAACAUUACACAUGAGUUUGAUGAAAAUGGGAGGCCUAUUUUUCCUGAGUUCAAAGAGAGUUACAUGAACAAACCUCAAUUAAUAGAAGGGAUGAAAUUUCCUAAUGUGGUAACUUUUAGGAAAUUAUUGAGGGAAUACCACAUAAAAGAGAGCUAUGAAUUCAAAUUUUUAAAGAAUGAGUUUAGGAUGGUGACUGUAAAGUGUGCACAUGAUUGUGGUUUUAGACUUCAUGCCUCUCCCAUGUAUGAAGAGAGAUCUUUCCAAAUAAAAAAGAUAGAUCAACAACAUUCAUGUACCUGGAAGUACACUAAUAAUGAUGCAACCUCAUCUUGGCUUUCCCAAAGGGCAAAAAGAAAGGUACUGGAACUGAUAAGGGGAGAUCAUAGAGGGCAGUAUGCCAAGUUGUGGGAUUAUUGUGAGAUGGUUAGAAUUCAGAAUCCAAGUAGUACUGCUAAGAUUAAGGUGGAUACAGAAUCCUUGCCAGAGGUAGGGCCAGUGUUUGAGAGGAUUUUCAUAAGUUAUGAUGGACAAUUGAGGGGAUUUCUAUCAGGUUGCAGACAUAUAAUUGGGUUAGAUGCCUAUUUUUUGAAAGGUCCCUUUGGAGGCCAAUUGAUGCAUGCAGUUGCAAGAGAUGCCAACAAUCAGAUGUUUCCUUUAGCAUUUGUUGUUGUGGAGUCUGAAACAAAAGCUAACUGGACUUGGUUCAUGGGGUUGCUUGUAAAUAUGAUAGGAGAUCCAGCAGAAAGAGGGUGGUGCUUUGUCUCUGAUAGGCAGAAGGGCUUGACACAAACAUUUGCAGAGUUCUACCCUAAUGUUGAACAUAGGUAUUGCGUUAGGCAUAUGUUCUCAAAUUUCUCAAAAGUGUAUAAGGGUAAAGAAUGGAAAGACAUAAUGUGGAAGGCAGCAUUAGUGUACACAGUUUAA